AGUUUCGCGCCAAACGCGUCGCGUCUACGUGUUACGUGUUCAUAGGUAUACGCCCGCAGUUGCAGUCCGCUGCUGCACAGUCCGCACCCGUGCGUUCGUGUAGUGCGUCUCAGAAAACUCUCCUUAUCGGAACACCGACGUAUAUGUACACACGUACACGCGUACACGAAAUCGAAAUUUCAAAAGCGAUGGAAAAAGGGUCUUGGCGGCGGUGAACAGCGUACCUUGUACGGGGAUAGGUAUCGGUGUCGGAUCAGCGUUAAUGUGGCCAACGUAUGAAACGGCGGUGCGGUUUGUCGCUGACGAAGCUGGUGGUUGUUUUGAGGCUGGAGUGUUACCCGAUUAGAAUGGUUGCAAGUGUCGCGCGCGCAUCGCUGCCAGCCUGUAGUGUUGUGCCAAAAUAAAUCCGAGUCGAGUUGUUCCUCCUCGCUGGGAACUGCCUAGUGGACGAAUGUGCCUCACCGUUCGGAACCGUUUCGAAACGGCAGGCCGAGCUAUGCGGAGCCCCGAUUACCCGCUCUUUUGUCUCGAGGACUACGAUGGGUGUCACAGCCACCCGCUGAUGUGCAGUCCGGUAUUUUAAAAGCGACCGGCCUCGCCGAGCGGAAGUGUUUUUCGCUUGGCCAUCACCUAUCUCUGCCGUGGGAUUUCGAUUUUCCUGGCCGGACCGAAUAUCCCGUACAACCUUUGAGAACGAGGCUGUAGCACGCGACUCUCGACUCUCGUGUUUUCCAACAACCUUAUCCGCCCUGACGUGAUUCGCCCGGUUUGCCCGCCACAGGACGGGUUAUGUUUCCCACUUUCAUCGGAAUCCUAGACAUUCAAUCGUGGUGGGAGGUGCCAAGUAUAGCACACUUCUGCUCAUUAUUUAGGGCUGCCUUCAAUCUUCUGGACUUUGAUAUUGAGGAUUUAGAGGAAGCUUUAUUAACGGACGGUGGAACCGAGGGACAUUUAGUACAGGAACUAAUAGUCAGAUUACUUGAAGGUUGUUUACCUAAUGACACUCGCAAUGACAUCUCCACCUUUAAUUACCAGAUGUUUCUCCGUAGAUUAUUUCGUAAGAAAUGUCAGGAAUACAAAUGUGAGAAUCCUUUUAAUACAGAUGUAGAUUUUGAGUUAUUGCCUCUUCGUCAAAAAGUAGAAAUACUAAGAGCCCUCUGCGACUUCAGGCUUGACGCUGAAGACGUGGAGCAUUCAUUAAGUAAUUUGGACUCGGAUAGUCUGCGAGUCGAACCUUUAGGACAUGAUCGUAAGAAUUCUGCCUAUUGGUACUUUUACGGCACUCGAUUAUAUAGGGAGGACUACAUUGAUACUUCUAACAGCAUCUCACACAAACAGAAAAGUAAACCUAGGGAUAAAAAGCGUAAAAGACGACGAAGCAGAGUGGCGAAAGAGGAAGAGGAAGAGGAGGAGAAGAAGGAAGACUGUUUAAUACACGAGGAAGGGAAAGAAAGUGUCUGGCAAGUUGUCUGUUUUACUCAGCAGGACUGGAGUCGUUUAGUUGAGAAAUUUCGCGAUUCGGAGUACGAUACCGAACGUAAACUCUACCGUACUCUAUCCAAGGAUUUCAUGCCCGAAAUCCCCAAGCUUUUUGACUUAAAAGAAAAGCAACAAAGACGCAAGUUGUUACAACGCAAUAGUUCGCGAGUUCUUCGUAGUCACGAACCUGCCACACAGAUGGAAACAGUCAUGGUUAGAUCGAAGAUCAAAACUAAAACAAACAAAGGCAGCAAAAAGGGGACGCAGAACUCGAAGAACGUUUAUGUUAAAGAAGAAACACCUCCACCCUUGUCCUCACCGCCUGUUCAGAAGAAAGGACGACAGACUAAUAAUUCAUUAGCAUCGGCCGUUGGUCAAAUUGUGAUUCAUACUAGGGACGAAGUAGAAGGAUUAGAAAAAAAGAAAGGGAUUGGAAGUAACAGUGACGGAAAUUAUGUGUCCACCAAGUAUGGAUAUAAAUACGGAUAUUCGUUUGGAAUUGAAGAAGAGGAACGCCGUGUCGGGAUGCAUAAAGUUCUUGAAAGUCUCAAAGAUCAUGCGGAUGCCUGGCCAUUCAUUGAUCCUGUGGAUGAGGAAUAUGCGCCGCGGUAUAAUAUUUGUGUCAAUACGAAAAAUGCAGAUAUUCCUUAUAAAAAUAAGAAGAGAAAUAUUAGAAAGUACACUGAAAUGGCUUUCAAUCUUAAAGAUGCGUUCGAUAAGGCUGUAAAUCGAUAUUUAGAAUCCGAAACAUCCAGCGAUGAAGAUCCGUCAUCACCAAAAUCGUUUGUCGCCACGCCUGCGUCACCGUCGUGUCCUUCUCGAGUUUCUUCUCCGCAUCAAAAUCGCAAACGAUCGAAAAAGUCUACAAAAAAGUCGAAAUCGUACAAAUCCGAGAGUAAAGGGAAAUCCAAGGUUAAUGAGAAAAACGACGAGGAUGAGAAACGAGGAAAGAAUUACAAGCUUCCAAAAAAGAAGAGGGGGAAGAAAAAGAGUAAAAAGGCGAAGGAUGAAGAAUCAGUGAACGAGGAAGAACAAGAGGAUCAGGAAAGCGAGGAUGCUAUGUCCGAGUCGAGUAUCGUGACGUCGAAAAGAAGGAAACAUAUAGAAGCAAACAAUUUAUUGUUGAAAACCAAAAAGCUGUCGUCCAAAGAGUCGGAAGAGUUGAAAAAGAUGAACAAGAAAAUUAGUAAAGAACGUCAUCAGCAAAAAAAGGAAACGGAAAGCGUGCGCCCGAUGAAAGAAUCGAAAGAGAAUAAGAGGCGAAAGGAAGACUUUGAGGAAGAUUAUGAGUCCCUAGUCAUCGCGAAAAGUAAAAGUAGGAAAAUUGAGAAAAAGGAACUCGAGGAGACCGAGAUAUUCACGGAUAAUGCGAAGAAGAGCAAGGGAAAGAAGGUUGAACCUCUAGGUGACGAAGAGGUGUCUGAGAACAAGGACAAGACACAGCAUAUCAAAACGAAGAAAAAUCGGAAAAAAGAAAAGGCGGGAUUGAAAGCGUUAAAGCCCGAGGAAAAAUCUGAGAAGAGCCGCGCGAAGGACAAAGAAAAAAAAUCAAAGCAGAAAAACGAUGACGUGAAAAAUGGUGAAAUAUCCAGCGAAAUAGAUUCCAAAGAUUUAGAUCUAGAGAGCGAUGUAGAUUCAAAGGAAGCCCCUACGUCUAAGAAGAUUACUGCAUUUAUAGGUGAUAAGGAUAUAGAAUCGUUGGAUGGUUUAAAGGAUAAGAUUAGCGAGCGGCGACGAGAUGAAAAGCUGAAGGGCGAGAAAGAGAAACCGAAAAAAACAGGGAAAAGCGAUUUUCACAACGUGUAUUCAAAAAAAGUGCCUUCAAACGGUAGUACCUUUAACGACAGCGAUAAAGCCAGCGUCAAACGACCAAAGUUAAAAAAGGGAAUGAAAGAAGAAAAAGUUCCUACCACGGAGGAUCCUGUAAAAACACAAGACCAAGAGGCAGGCGAAACGAAAAAAAUCAAACCUACAAGCAAGCAUACCAAAGGAUUUGGAAAGGAGGAAAGCUCGAUACAAGCAUUAAAUCAGGCAACGGAGCAAACACUCCAUGACAUCAACAAAUGGUUAGACGACGCACCAAGGCUCUCUGAAUUUUCUUCCGGGAGCGAUUCUCCAAUAUUUCAUUCUUCUGUUGAAUCAGCUCGCUCUGGACCAAAGGUAGAAGCGCCGAGAAAACGACCAAGUUCCAUUAAGAUCUUUGGUCCUCACGGACCCAAUAGACCAAAAAAAAUACAGCGUACGAUAGAUCGUUUGCAGCCUGGUAAAAGUAAGGGGAACUUACUGUUAAAAAAGCCGCUUAAUUUACCUAAUGUGAGCGUCAAUGAAACAGCGGAUCGUCCGUUAACUAAUGAUAGUGACCAGGCAAACAAAAACGUCGACGAGGAACCAAAACUUAGCUUAGGAACAGUCUUGAAGAACGUGGAUUCCAUUCAGUUGAUCUGCAAAAGUUUAGUGUCCUCGCCUAAUCCUAAUUUGUCCAACGACGACGAAGAAGAAGAUCACAGCGUUGCGCCGAUAGUCCCAGUAACGUCUUCUAAAGAGGAAAAGUCAUCGUCCGGGAAACCGGCCACGCAGACGCCUGCAGAGGUGGAAGAAUCUAAAGAUAAUCAAACCAACGUCAAAGAGACGCAGAAACCUAAAGCCGCGACACCAAAUUUAAGUGCCUGGUUUAAGGCGUUCGGGGCACCAAAGUCAAAGAAGAAGGAGGACGAGUUGGAAGAGGGUGCAACGAAAAAGGAUGGCGAGUUACAGGAAGUGUUCUGUGGGAGGCAAAGAAGAAUGAGUACUGGUGGUAGUAGUGUGAGUGAAUCGGUUUCCAGUUUUUCUCAAGAAUCACCACCCGGACGUUCGGGACGUUCUCCACAGGCGCAACCCAUUAUAGCUUCUGUAGAACCACAAAUAAGAGGAGCUGGGUUUUAUCAGGAUGCUCUAUCGACGGGAAGCAGUCCUUACAACAGUCCUUACUACGCCACUCCGCCCAGGUACAGCGCUCAGUUGCCACCCACUCCAUCACCACAAAAUCAUCCUCUUUCUCCAGCGUAUCCAUCAUCUUCUUACGAACAAGCACCUCUUUAUUCUCAAGUACCACCUCAGGUACCGCCACAACAACCUCAUCAGUCAUUUCAGAAAUCACCCCAAGAAAAUACUGGGGAAGUAUAUCAUCAGUUGUCGCCCACGUUCCCACAGCGUUCUCCGCAAGCUAAUUUGCCUCAAAAUUCAACACCGAGCGAGACAUUUAAUCAACAAGUACCGGCGAAUAAUCAGAAUCCAUCUCCAGCCUACUCGCAACACUCCCCCCAACCAAUACAACAGGUGUUUCCGCAGCUUUCUCCUCAACCUCCUGCAUCAAACUACUCUCAACCAUCGCCUCAACAAUCCCCAACCCCCAAAUACUCGCAACUGUCCCCGCAACAGAACACCGCCAACUACUCUCAACCUUCGCCUCAAGCAUCUAAUUAUUCUCAGCCUUCGCCUCAACAGCCUCGUUCUCCCUAUUCUCAACCCUCGCCGCAAGCGCCGCCUCCGAAUUAUUCUCAACCGUCUCCUCAGCAACAACAUUCUCCGUACGCGCAGUCCCCUCAGCAAUCAUCCGGUUAUUCUCAACUGUCGCCGCAACCGCCAGCAAACUAUUCCCAACCAUCGCCUCAGCCUCCUCCCGUUUAUCCGCAACAGUCUGAGCCUUCAAACUUCUCGCAUCCGUGUCCCCAAACUCGUUCCGCCAAUUACUCCCAACCAUCCCCGCAACCUCUCACAGGAUACUCGCAACCGUCCCCUCAGCCACGGAACUAUUCUCAGCCGUCGCCUCAACAAAUUCAAACUUUCCCACAACCCUCGCCGCAAGCACCACCCACCUACUCUCAACCUUCCCCUCAGAACACAUCCUAUUCUCAGCCCUCGCCGCAACAACAACCGGUGAAAUAUUCUCAACCGUCUCCUCAGCAAGCCGCGAAUUAUUCGCAUUCUAUACACUCGCCGCAAACACCGCAGAAUUAUUCACAACUUUCUCCUCAACAAGCGCCAUCCAAUAAUUAUUCCCAACCUUCUCCGUCACCUCAGCAGUCCCGCAACUAUUCGCAGCCUUCACCGUCGCCGCAACAGUCUCGCAGCUACUCUCAACCAUCGCCGUCGCCUCAACAGUCCCGUAACUACAUGCAGCCUUCGUCGUCGCCGCAGCAGUCUCGCAGCUACUCCCAGCCAUCGCCACAGCAAAAGUCUGCCUGCACGCCGCAACCCUCACAACAGACUCCCAGUUACUCGCAGCCGUCGCCCCAACAGAAUACGAAUUACACGUCGCAACCGCAGACGCCGAAAAGCUCGGAGGAGUGUACGCCGAGCACAGUGACGCCGUCGAAUUACUCCCAGGGGUUCAAACAGAAUCACGGUUACAUACAAUCACCUGCGUCGUCGAUCAGCGAGACGGAGCAUCGGUCGGAGUACCUUAAAUCCGCCAGCAGCGUCGAGAAGUCUUCGAGCAACGACCAACAAAGGAACUUCACCGUACCAACGGAGGCGUCGCUGAAUUUGAACGCGAACCAUCAAAUCUAUCAGUCGCCGAAUCAGUACCCGCCAACGUUCGGAAACAACUAUCCCAACCUCGACCUGCAAAGAUCGAGGCAGGAGCAACCGCAGCAGCAACAGCAGGCGUCUCAAGAGCGCCCCAGCUUCACUGAUCUCAGUGAAUCCCUGAACGCGCAGAAGUACGUUCAGCAGCGUUCGUUCCUCGGCAAAACGUCAGCGGCCAGCGAUCAGCUGCCAACCCAGGACCAGCAGUCCCAGUUGUUGGCGUUCCAGCAGAAUCUUACGACGCACGAAUCUCUCUACUCGAGCGGCUUUCAAUCGUCCGGCUACGCGAUGCCAAACUCGAGGCCGGUUUACCCGAGCCCUCACUAUUUCGACGCCAGCUCGAAGACUGCCACCGGUGGGUCUGUAAAUAGCUCGGCCAGCAACCUUCCGCCCGUAAAGAAACGUAUAUACAAUGAAUCGUCCAGCGACGCGACGCGCAGCUUGACGCAGGAGGCCGGAGCUAGACCUGGCCAGGAGCAGUUCCCCUUCGACCCAAUAAUGGCGUUGCCGCAGCCGGAUACGAUCUCAGCUAGUCAAUUCGAUGCCUCGUUCGUGGGGAACUUGGCCGAUUCAGUGGCCACGAAUCCGGCAUACGCUCGCCUGGGCCUCGGCUUGGUGGGCCGGCCGAGCAAGGAACAACAGCAAUUGUUAACGAUCCCUCGGCCGCCGCCGACGAAACCCGAGCACCUCGCUUAUGCGCGCAGUCCAGCUACCGGGGCUGCGGAAUUGGAUCUCAAUCUUCUUCAGAGUUUGCAAACGGCUGCCGCCAAGAACACGCAGGGCAUACUGUCCAUGUCGCGUAGAGGAGGCGACGCCUCUGUCACGGGUACCGCAUCCGCGCCUACGAAAACGAAAAAGAGUAGGAAGAGCAAGCAGCAACAACAGCAGCAACAGCAGGAGCAGCAGAACGUCGCGAACGUGUCGUCCGCGGUCAGCACUGAGCCACAGCCGACAUCCGGCAUACCAGGCUUCCCGCAGUACACCGGUGCACCGACGGAUUCGAUCGGUUUGAAGAACAGCGGCAUGGUCCCUCCAACUGGCAGUGCUUUCAAUUUCGCCGCGUCGACCAGCACCACCACCAGUUCACCGUUCUACGACAAGGACGCGUCAGCAGCGGCGGCCGCGUUCGCCUUCCUGGAUGAGUUCCGGAACCCGAACAGUUACUACAGUAUGGCGCUCAGGCAGCAACAGCAACAACAACAGCCGCAAGUGCCCCCGGUCACGGACGCCACUCAACAGGCUUGCAACAAACUCACCAAUCAACCGCCGAGAAAUUAUCCGCCUCAUCCUUUUCUUCAUUCCGCACAGAGAUCAGCAGCGUACGGGCCACCCGUCUCAGCCUACGUCACGCCGCACGGACCGAAUUUAACGGUAGACCCAACAGCGUACCAACAAUACAUUCAUUCCCUUUAUGCGCUUCAACCACCGCCGCAUCAUCAUCGACCGUCCUGGCUUUAGCUAUUAAAAUCUGUAUAACGGGCAUCGGAACGUUUGUACGACAGUUCGGUGGAUUAACCGUCCCGCAGAAGGAAACAGCAUUUGACACUUGACUCAUUCGGUCGGAGAAUCGCGUGGACUAUACGGGAACCAUUGCUACGCUCUGUUACCAUGCCAGUUUUCAACCAAAUAUUUUUUAGCGGGUAUAUUAUUUUAUAUAAAGGAUCUUUUUGUUCUGUUCUGCAAUAUACGAUUCUCGUUGAUCACUGGUAAUCGAGGUGGCAGACAUUGUUAUAGGAUAGUAUCCGUAAUUUUAUGUUUCACAGUUGACGAACCUAUACGAUUUUCCCAGUCGUUGCUUAUUUGAAGCAAUAUAGGGUAACGAUACCAUUAGUACUAAGAAUUCGUGUUGAGCGAACGAUACGCGUUGAUUUUGUCGAGGAUAACAAUUCUAGUGCAAUCGUAUUUUAUCAUUUUUAGUUUAGCGUACGUGCGUUCGGGAAGUAAAUGUGUAUGGAUGUUCUUUUCUUUUUUUAAGUAUUUUUCUAGCAAUAUUAACGCUUGGGUUCAAUUUCAUUCUCGGCUCACCCUGUUCGUAAUUAUAGAUGGCAUUACGAAGCCGAUUAAAAUUUCUAUGAAACAUCAGGCAUCUAUCCUAUACUUUGUCCAUUGGAACACGAACGUUCACCGUUAAUCGUGAUUGUAAAAUUUAAUGUGAAUUUAUGAUUUUAUUACGAAUAACCGUUGUUCGCGGUUCAUGGUUGAAAAAUGCUGUUUCCUUUCAUUACUGCUCUUCAACGCAAUCGCUGUCAGAAUUUUUUUUUCUCCAGCAACGGAAAUACCGGUGUUUUUCUUGUUCAGUUUUUGAUCACGGCUCGUUGUAGUGCGUCGAUAUGAAUUUCUUCGAUUCUUUGUAACAAACGACUCAAUUGUCUUUAUUCGCCUAAUUUUGACCGUUUCCAAUAUCUUCUCUUCGCGAUUAAACAGGUUUAUGAUUUCUCCAAGAAGAAUUCCGGUAUUGAUAUUAUAGGAAAGAAAAACAUUCUGAUCAGUGUAUCUCCCGAAACCGUGAAAGUGACACCGUAAACUCAUUAACGUCGAGCAGUAAAAGG